UAACUUACGUUCAAGAACAUUAGACCGUAUUUGUAUAGCUAAAAACUUCACAAGUUUCUUUGACUUAAGGGUCAAGCCUUAAUCGUAUAUCAUUCCACGUCAAGUUGAAUGCAUGCAAACAUAUGCCACUGCCACAACAAUCAUGGAAAAUUCUCUAAACCUUGAAUAUGGGCACUGUUGCACUCUCCAUAAGAUCAACGGAGUUUAAGCAAAAUGGUGUUCCAUCCUUGGACAUUAAGAGCAUCCAAACACGGCCUUAUGAUCAUAAACAUGAAGCAACCAUUGAUGAGAAAAUGUGUAUGUUGAGAUGAAAAGCGACGGAGCGAGAGAACGUGAAACGGAUCAUGAAGAGAACGUAACCCAGAACAUGCCAAAGAUUGAUUGAAGGAACAAGAAUUGGAGACGAAUUAGGAGACAGAAAUUUCAUCUGUGGUAGAGAUGAAAUCUCGAGGCAGUUCUAUGUUCUGGUUGUUACAUGAUCCAAUCUCAGUUCUAUUGGUCUUGUUCAACAAAGAAGCCCUCUCCUCUUACAACUUCCCAUACGCAAAUAUCAUUGCACUUGCUCAGGCAAAUUAAGAAGACACUGACACACACACUGAGCCACAAGGAAAGAAAAACAUAUCAGUAUUGGUACGUGAAUUUUGUUAAUGGAAUCCGAGAAGAAUUUGCUGCUUCCACUCUCUGAUAAUCACAAACAGAGUGAAGAGGGACAAAGAAAAGUUUCAACCAUGACAAGAAAAGGAGUCAUCGCUGCUUUAUCUUAUAUGGCCUCUUCGGUUCUAUUGGUCUUGUUCAACAAAGCAGCCCUCUCCUCUUACAGCUUCCCACAUGCAAAUGUCAUGACACUUGCCCAGAUGGUGUUUGCAUUUAUUAUUCUCUAUGUGUUGAAAUCCUUGAAGAUAAUUUCUUUCACAACUGGUGAAUCGCAGAGCAGUUCUAAGAAUUCAGCAAUAUUUGUGCCCUUUGGGACAUUAGUCCAGACACUUCCUCUUGCUUUAACUUAUUUGCUUUUCAUGGUAGUGACCAUGGAAGCAGUGCGUGGCAUAAACAUUCCCAUGUACACCACACUUAGGCGAACAGUAGUGGCCUUCACAAUGGUUAUGGAGUAUUUUCUGUCGGGGCAGAGUCAUUCAAGAUGUGUUGUUGGAAGUGUUGGAGUAAUCAUAGCUGGUGCUUUUGUUGCUGGAGCUCGUGACUUGUCAUUUGAUGCGUAUGCCUAUUUUGUUGUAUUUAUAGAAAACAUGUGUAAGGCAGUGUACCUUGCUUCUGUUUCUCGUGUUGGUAAAUCCAGUGGCCUUAAUAUUUUUGGUAUUGUAUGGUGCAAUGUGGUGAUUUGUGCACCAAUCUUGUUUCUCUGGUCAUUACUCAGAGGAGACCUCCAAGCAACACUGAACUUCCCAUACUUGUUCUACACUGGAUUUCAGGUUGUGCUGCUUCUUUCCUGUGCUUUUACUUUCUUUCUAAACUACAUCGUAGUUUUGAAUACAACCAUCAACUCGGCACUUACACAGGCAAUCUGUGGUAAUUUAAAGGAUGUUUUAACAAGUGGUCUUGGUUGGUUAUUAUUCGGAGGACUUCCAUUUGAUUUGUUCAAUAUUCUUGGACAAAUACUUGGCUUCAUUGGGUCCUGUUUGUAUGCCUAUUGUAAACUCCAAGGAAUAUGAGGAUGAGUGGAUAGAUGACCUUUCAUUCAAGAGACAUCAAGAAACGACAAGCAUAAUACAGUCUCUCUACAAGUUUUUUUAGUUUUUAAUAGUCAAAAGAGAAAGAUAAAUAUCAGAUUAUAUUAAAAAAUUACAGCAAAAAAUGUGUUUUGUUAGAUAAGUAUACCUGGGGAAUGAUAAUAGAAAUUAUAAAGAUGUGAAAGUGAGUCCAACACGAUGGAUUAAUUUGAUUACUACAAU